AUGAAUGCCUGGCUGUCCGACGCCUCGAGCAUACCAAACCAUGACAAUGGUGCCUUCAAUGCUACCAUCGAUCCCUCGAUGGCCUUUCUCCAGCCUUCUCCUUCGCCCCAGGACCCCAACCAGUUUCAGCGCAUGUUCAACAACGGCGUCCCACGCAACGUCUCUCCUGGUUUUUACAAUCCUAACCAGGUAAUACCGUCCAAAAGGCCUCGACCAGAAGAUGGUAUGUCCAUGUCACCACGACAGGCGCCCGGCGGAUUGCCGGUUUCGCGAUCGCAGACGCCUCACCAGGUACCCUUUCCAGGUUUCCAAGGACCGGCCAACGGAACGCCUCAGUACGCUCAUCAUCCGAAUCCGUACCAGCACCUCCAGCAAGGAGGUUCUGUGAAUACGACUCAAUCCCCCGUUGUACAAGACUUCGACCAGCAUGGCGUGCAGAGAAUGCAAACGGCUUCUCCGAGCCCCUUUUCCACGGCUGGACCUCCUGUUGGAUCUCAGAUGUCAGCGUCGCAGUCAGAUCAAGGAAGCAGGGUGAACACGCCCCAGAGUAGCUCGUUCAUGCCUGGACAGCCAUUCCCUCAGGGCAUGGCACCGCAAUUCUCUCCGUCUCCGGCGAUGUCUUCGGCUGCUACACCGGCAUCGAUGCAGGCCCAUUUCAAUAACAUGCCGCAAGCCUAUUCCUCCCAGGCCAUGGCCGCGCAGCAACAACGCUUAUAUCAAAUGCAAUUGCAGAACCAGGCGCGGCAAAUGCAGGCAAACAAUCCGGGGAUGGCAGGGCGUCCUGCUAGCGGUGGGAUGAAUCCUAUGGCCAACCCUCAAAUGGCAGCACUCAGGCAAAUGCAGCAGAACAUGGCGCAGCAGAAUAUAUCAAGACCUGGAAAUCCUGAGGCAUUCAUGAGAUCACUCCAGAAAUUUAUGAUGUCACGCAAUCUACCUUUGGAUACCAAUCCUAUAGUCUGCGGGCGACCGAUUAAUCUGGUGCAACUUUAUGCCACAGUUAUCAAGUUGGGCGGAUCAAAGAAGGUCACCGCUGCGAAUAUGUGGCCCGCGAUUGCUCAACAGCUCCAGUUUCCACCCAUGCAGUUCCCAACAGCGGCACAGGAGAUCCGGGAUCACUAUCAGAGGAACUUGGCCGCCUACGAGCAAGCCUUUUUGAGCUCCCAAAAACAACUGGCGGAACAUCUACAACAACAGAAUGCGUCGCAACGGCAACCCGGGGAUAUGAGCGGAAUGUCGUUCCAGCAAUCGCCCGUCAAGCCUGGACCAAGUUUUGACCAACACUCCCAGCAAUUUACAUCUUUUCCCCACGCCGGUGCGCCAGUGCAAAACAAUUCCCAGCAGAAUGCCACCAACGGAUUUAUGACUCCACAACAAGCGAGACCUCAAAGCAAGCAGCAACAGAAUCCUCAGCAGCAGCCACCGCCGCCUCCACAACCUCAACAAAAUCAACAUAGGCCUAGUAUUUCUCGCCAGUCUCAGCCACCGGUCUCGGCUCCUGAUCCGUCAGUGUCGGCGCACGCGGCUCCAUCGGUGCAGUCCGGCAAGCCCUCUGUUUCAACGCCGGGUAAGGCUUCGGUUGGUCCAGAACAACCGUCCAAUCAGUCCUUGUCGCAUCACAUUGAGGACCCCUUCAAGCCCAUGGUACUCCCCGAGAGUAAUCGACACGGGCCAAUUGUAGUGGACGAAGUUUACCAGCUCGGAGAAGACAUCUCGAGACUAAAGCCCAAUGUGCCCUCCUUCCCCGAACUCGGUGUGAUCGACAUCCAUGCCCUGACGAUGAGCAUCAAAUCUGGUCUCCAUGCCGAGAUGCGCAUGGCUUUAGAUACCUUGACGACAGUCUCCGCCGAACCCGCAAUUCAGAUUUCUCUCGAAAAUUGUGACGACCUGGUAGACACGCUGGUGGAAUGCGCUGAGGAUCAACUCGAACUGUUGGCUGAGAAUGCGGCGGAAGUUUCCGAUGUCAUGGUGUUGCCCUCCUAUGAGGAACUUCUGCGCGCUUGUCGUCUCGAGAUGUCAUCUCUUGUCGACAUCCCUGAAUUUGGCAGCCUUGACUAUGAACUCGAUCGGGCGGUGGAAAGGCUCCUUUGUAUCACCUCCAUCAUCAGAAAUUUCUCAUUCACGGAAUCAAAUUUUGCAAUAUUGGCCACACCUACAGUCGUCAAGCUCUUCUCCACCAUAAUCCGAUAUCUGGGAACGCGAAACAUGCUGUUGCGGACGAAUCGAAAUGUCCUGGACUUCAUGAAGGAUACUGUGACAUAUCUCAGCAAUAUCGCGCAUACGGUGCAUCUGCCGGGAAGGGAAGAAGCCCUCUGUCUGUUACAUUUCCUUUUGUCUUUUGCGCCAUUGCCGGCACCCAGCCUUGGUCCGGAUGGAGUGAUGUUCGCGCCGUACAAUCCGACCCUUCACAAAUAUACUCCCACAGCAGUCGACUCUUUAGCCAAGCUUCUGGCUAGAGAUGAGCCCAAUCGGAUGUACUACAAGGCCAUAUUUGCCGGUGAGGGCUCGGGAUCCCAGCAUGAGCUUCUAACCCGUGCCUUCGGACUGGCAAUCUGUGGUAUUCCGGACCAGCCUCGGAAAUCGCUUGGCUUAGCGGACGUGCGCAAGGUGUUUCUCAUGCAGGGACUCUUGGCUGCUGAAAUUUUAACCGGUCUGGCUGACGGUGCGGUGGCCCGAGCAUGGCUUGAGUCGACUGAUGGAUUUGCAGUCCAUCUUCUUAGGCUAUGUUGUAUACUGAGUACAGAUCGCGGCUCUCCCGCCAAUCAUCGCCAACAGUCUGCAAGGGGCCAGGCUGAUGAAGCUCUUGCAUAUAGUUCAAUCAUCAAUCGAGGCCUGAGCAUUCUCCGUCGAUUGGUUGAAAAAUCCAAACAAGAGGACGGGACAUCCCGCUUUCCACCGGGUGUACUUCCUAAAAGAGAAAGCUUACUGGGGGCCUUAUUGACACCCAAUCUGGACCCAGGCGUUGUGAAACAGCUAAUUGCGUAUGCUGGACUUGGGGAUUAA